AUGACCACGGUUGAAUUGCACUCGAAGUUCUUAUUAAACCUAUCCGAUAUCGAGGCUAGGAAGAUCGAUUUAAACUUUGGGGUGCUACUUGGCCUCCAAGAUAGAGACAAGUUUAUCAUAGCUACAUCAUUCGAGAUUAUCAAUAGUAACAACACAAUUGAUUACGAGUUUUUGUACAAGAGAUACAAUCAAUUGAAGCUAGUAUAUCCUGAAUUUACUAUACUAGGAAUAUACCACAUGAGUGAAAGCAAUUCGUCGACAAUAGCCAUGUCUCAAGAAGUACAGAGUUGUAGUAAAUCAUACGACAUUGCAAUCAACCCCCACCAGAUUUAUGUAACUUACAACAAAGACGACAAAGAGCAUCCAUUCAAGUCUUAUUCUGCCAAUGACUCUCAUAUGCUUCAAACUACAAUCGCCAUUAGUGAAACUGAAAACAUAACUGCGUCAACAAUUGACAAACACAAGAUUUAUUUCGAAUCCAAUGGCAAACGUCAAAGAGAACCUACAAAUAUAAAGAAACACAUAGGUGAUGUUGCCCAUGUGGUAAAAGUUUUACAAAAGCUUGAUAAGAAUAAGGGAAAGGAGAAGAAGAACGAGGACGACGUGGAAGAAAAGACCGACGGGGAUCAUUCCACCUUGCUAAAGUUGCAAACAACCCAGUUGGCGUUAUUGACUGAACAGAAAGCCGUCUUGGAUAGUGCACAAAGUCAUCUUGUGAAGCUUUGGAGAUUGUCUUAA